UAAUAAAAUGAAUAAAAUAAAGGUAUAGUUAAGUGAUGAAGCAGAAUUAUAAGGUGUUUGCUAGGCAUUGUUAUAAGCAUUUACAGAGAAUUCUAGAGUAUUGAGACAUUGUUCAGGAGGAGGAGAUUAGACAUAAACUCAGAAUAAUUUUGGUGAUGAUUAGUUAGAAUCAGAUAUAUAAUGUGAAUAGAAUAUAAAUAAGGAAUUAUUAGGAUGUGGUUUUGUAAGUCAUAGUGCAAAUGAAGAGAGUCCAUAAGUAAUAAUAAUAAUAAUAAACAUGUUUUAGAUGAAAUAAUUAUGUGAAGGUGGGAAGUAUAUAGUAACAUUUGAUCCAUUAGAUGGAAGUUCAAUAAUAGGAACAAAUUUUACAGUAGGAACAAUAGCAGGAAUAUGGGAAUCAGAUUAAAGUUUAUUAAUAGGUAAACGAGGUAGUGAUUUAAUAUGUUCUUGUUGUUGUUUAUAUGGAAGUAGAACUACAGUCAUUAUAUAUAAUAAGAAAGAAGAUAAAGUUUAAGAAUAUACAUUAUAUGGUAUAUAAAUAUUCUAUAUUUGAGAUAGUGAUAAAUAAGGACAUUGGGAAUUAACUAAAGAUAAAAUUAUAAUAAAAUAGAAAGGGAAUAUAUUUAGUCCAGGUAAUCUAAGGAGUAUUAUGAAUCAUCAUGCUUAUAAAGAGGUUAUUGAAUAUUAUUUCUAUAAUGGGUAUACUUUAAGAUAUACAGGAGGAAUGGCUCCAGAUAUAUGUUAAAUAUUUUUAAAAGAAAAUGGAGUAUUUUCUCUUUUUGGAGAUAUAAAGAAUCCUUGUAAAUUAAGAUAUUUAUAUGAAUGUGCUCCAUUAUCAUUUUUAAUUGAAAAAGCUGGGGGUAAAUCAUUUAAUGGAGAAUCCUCAGUAUUAAAUACAAUUAUUAAUGGAUAUGAAUAAAAAAGUGAAAUUGCUGUAGGAUGUGCUGAAGAUAUUGAAAUAUUUAAAUAAGUUUGGAUAAAGUAUGGAAUUCUUAAGGAUUGA